AUGCCCUCUCCACCCCCAGACUGGGUCAAGGCCCUUAAACCCUCCGACCCUCAAGGCUCCGAAAUCCUCGACGAGGAGCGCUCCCAGUCCUCUGUCGCCGUUGACCGACUUGGAGAAUUGCUGCACACAAAACAGGCCCUCGAUCGCCAGCAGCGCAUCCUCAAUCUCAUCCAGCAUGAAAAGGUCUUUGACAAGUCUCAGAACCACUCUCUCGGCCGAGUAGACCGGAUCCAACGGUCUCUGGCCAAGGGGAAGCGCCUCCAACAACUCGCAGAGCAGCACAAUUGGUCCCAGGAGGACUAUCACCAGGCUAAUGAGCUGAUCGGAGAGCCCACUCCAUAUGGUCUUCACGCGACCAUGUUCUUGGUCACCCUCCGAGAACAAACUACCCCCGAACAGAAGAAGCUUUUCCUCGAGCGCGCAGAGAAAUACCAGAUUAUCGGAUGUUAUGCACAGACGGAAUUGGGUCACGGUUCGAACGUGCGUGGUCUCGAGACCACCGCUACAUGGAACUCGGAUGAUAAGACCUUUACCAUCCACUCGCCUGCAUUGACUGCUUCCAAGUGGUGGAUUGGAUCGCUGGGACGCACUGCCAACCAUGCAGUUGUCAUGGCGCAGCUGUACAUCAAUGGCAAGAACUACGGUCCUCAUCCGUUUGUGGUGCAAAUCCGCGAUCUCCAGACCCACCAGCCUCUGGAGAAUGUCUACGUCGGAGAUAUCGGACCCAAGUUCGGCUACAACACCAUGGACAAUGGAUUCCUCCUGUUUAACAAUGUUAAGAUUCCCCAUGUGAACAUGCUGGCCCGCUUUGCUAGCGUCGACAAGAACACCAACAAAUACGUGCGUCCUGCAUUGGCCACUCUGGUCUACGGAACCAUGACUUGGGUCCGAUCCAACAUUGUCCUCCAGGCCGGUGGUGUGUUGGCUCGCGGUGUGACCAUUGCCGUCCGCUACUGUGCGGUCCGCCGACAGUUCCAGGACCGCGAUGCGACCGAGCCUGUGGGCGAGAAUCCAGUUCUCAACUACAAGAUGGUGCAGGUCCGCCUGUUGCCAUUGUUGGCUGCCAUGUAUGCCUUGCAUUUCACCGGUCGCGGUAUGAUGCGCCUGUACCAGGAGAACCAGAACCGCAUGAAGCAGGCUUCUGAGCCUGGCCAGGAGAAGCGCGGUGCUGGUCCUGAAGAGUUGAGAGCGGGUGCUGAUCUGCUGGCUGACCUCCACGCCACUUCUUGUGGUCUGAAAGCGCUGGCCAGUACCACAGCCGGAGAAGGUCUGGAGGUUUGCCGUCGCGCCUGUGGUGGCCAUGGAUACAGCAGCUACAGCGGUAUUGGACCGUACUACUCCGACUACUUGCCCACACUCACCUGGGAGGGUGACAACUACAUGUUGACCCAGCAGGUUGCAAGAUAUCUCCUCAAAGCAGCCCGUGCCGUGCUGGCCGGAAAGGGCACCGACAACGACACCAGCAAGAUUCUCCAGGCAUAUCUGGCACGCCGCGACAAGGGUGCUUCGUUCGACGUGUUGGAAGACGAUGGCGACAUUGUGGCCGCCUUUGCCUGGCGUACUGCCCACCUGACAUUCGAGGCUCUGAAGCACCGCGAUGUCGAGAAGCGCUCGUGGAACAGCCUUCUGGUGGACUUCUGGCGGUUGUCGACCGCCCACUCUCAGUACCUGAUGGUGAAGAACUUUUACGACGCCGUGACAUCUCCUGAGUUGGCUGCCGAGCUGGACCCUGAGACCCGAGGCGUCGUGCACAAGCUGUUCCGUCUGCAUGCGCUGCACACCCUGGAGCGCGAGGCCGCCGAGUUCUUCUCGUCGAGCGCCGUGACCACCCGACAGAUUUCGCUGACCCGUACCAACGCGGUCAUGCAGCUGCUGGAUGAGGUCCGACCGCACGCGGUGCGGUUGGUGGACGCAUGGAAGAUUCCGGAUUGGCAGCUGGACAGCAGUCUGGGACGGUCCGACGGACAGGUGUAUGAGGAUUUGUUCCGACGGGCGAGUCAAGAGAACCCGGUCAACGAGCUGACGUUUGAUCCGUAUCCAUGGAAUGCGUCGGUGUUGAAGGAGCCGAAGAGCAAGCUGUAA